AUGAAAGCGAUACUUCAAGUGAAUCCGAUUCUGAUGGAAGUAUUCGGCCCCGAACGGGAGCGGAAUGCUUCGUACUCUGGAACCGCAUCCAGCGCAUUAGAACGAUUGCAACGAUGGGUGAUUUCCGGCAACACGCCGUCGACUGCUGAGCCGGACCGGUCUCAGGAUAUCUUACAUAAAAUACGAGCCUUGGUGGGUAGUGGACCGGAAACACCCGAUCAACCACCAGUUGCAGGACAGCCGUCAAUAAUGCCGGUUUUCGACGGGCAAUCGGUGCCAUCAACUUCCGAUCUACCUUUAAUACCGUCACUUCAUACAUUAAAUCGAAGACCGAUCGAAAACGUUUCUCAACGAAAUGAAGCUGGUCUUGGCACGCCCGCCCCAACUCCGUACGAUUUACGCCGAGAAGAUUUGAUUAAAAGACGCGAAUUUCACAUGGAUGUUAUUGCAAGUUUGAACAAAGAUAUUGAUGAACUGCGCAUCAGAGAGCGCGAUAUAAUUUGCAGGGAAAUUAACCUUGGACAACUCGAAGAAUCGGGGAAUUCGUCUGACGUCUCCUCAGAGGGUAGCCGUACUCCAUCCGAAACAGACAAUGUGCAGUGUGCACAAUCCACCUCUGAAAUUUCGCCACCAGAAAGCGAGCAUAACGCGCCUGGGGUUGCUGUUGUUGGUGAGCAGACAAAAUCUCCGACGAACAUGUUUUCGUUUGAUGCGGACAUCGCCGAAACGCCGAUCUACUAUUGUCAAGUGGGACCGAUGGACGGUGAAGUUGUCGGCCUGAAGCGAAUUAGAUUCCGGGCGAUCGACCGCGAGAAGUUGCAUCAGUUUUCGCUGGCCAUGUUGGGCGAGUCGGAAAAUGUUGACGCUGCCAAACAAAACCAGACGGAAAAGUCUGAGAAGAAUGAAAAAGCGGUCGAGGAAAAUCCGAAGGCCCGAGACGACCACAAAACUGGAGCGACGCCGAAGCCGAUGGAGAAGAAAGAGCUUCCAAAGCCGGAGGAGGUCAUCCCUUGCUUCAUCGCUCCGGCGGAGCCGCUGCGUCGUCGAGUCGACCGUCGUAGCCCGGAAGUGUACCGUCAGGGCCGGCACGACAGCCGUCACCGAGGCUACCACUACUACAACAAGCGCUCGCCAAGCCGCGGCGGACGUCGAUACAGC